AGAUGCCUCAUGCAAAGUGGGGUCCGCGGUCAGGCCAAUCACUAGCCCGCUGGGCGCAGCCUUAUCUCCGAGCCCGCGGGGUUCGGACGUUUGGAUGGGUAAGCAACGCCCGGCCCCGCGGGUUUCGCGUCUGGAAUCCGCGGAUUUUCUGCAACGGCGCGUGGGAGCUUUUGGUUUAAAGAGCUCGCCCUGCUCGACAUGUCUGUGGUUUUGGCAAAGCAUCAACGAUUACAUUCAGCGCAUAGCUCUGGCUAUCCCUCGAUCUUACCACAAAUCACGCGUACCCACCAGAUAACUGAAGAAUCGCAACCAAAUCUCACAAUGUCGGAAAGGGAAGAACGUCCCCUCACCCCGGCCGAGUCGGAAAAGGGAGACGUGCCACCCACGCCCACGUCGGAAUCAAGCGUCCCUCCCCAGGACAAAGCUCCCCUCCAACAAGACCUAGUCAAGCCGGUAGAGACCUCCGAAUUCACAGUCCGGUCUGUGUUGGUAUUGAUCUCCUGCUCUGCUGCUUUGUUUUGCACUGCUGGGUUUCUCAAUGCCUAUGGCGUCUUGGCGUACUACACCCUCCACUACCUGCCGACCUACUCCAACUUCCAAAUCUCCUGGAUCGGAUCCUUCUCCAUCUUCAUGUUCUUCGUCAACGGCGUUCCAGCGGGCAUCCUGACCGACAAAUGCGGUCCCACGAUCCCGAUUGCCAUUGGCGCAGUGUGUGAGCUAGUCGCGGUGUUUAUGGUCUCGCUCUGCAAGGAAUACUACCAGUUCUUCCUUGCGCAAGGCGUCCUGCUGGGCAUUGGCAUGGCUUACAUCACCAUUGCUGUCACUUCGACGCUUCCUCGCUACUUUGUGCGCAAUCGAGGCCUAGCCCAAGGCGUCUCCAUUGCAGGCUCGUCGCUCGGUGGUGUCAUCUGGCCUAUCGUGCUCGAUGAGCUGCUGGACACAGAUGGGAUCAGUUUCGGCUGGACGCUCCGCAUCUGCGGCUUCAUGAUGCUACCCUUGAUGGUUAUCGUUAUCAUCGGCGUCAAGCGACCAAUCGUACCCAAGAAGCAGCCGGUGGAUAGCGAGGCAGGCCUCACGCGAAUCACCACCAAGGAGCAGAAAGCCAGCGACGCCAAAGCGCGCAAAGCCGACCUCGCCCGCCUCCGCCACCCCUCCUUCAUCCUCCUGUGCUCCGGCCUCGCCCUCUUCUAUUUCGGCUUCUUCUCCCCCUUCUUCUACCUCACCACCUACGCUAUCCACAUUGGGGAGACGCAGAGCUUCGCCUUCUACCUCAUCGCCAUCCUCAACGCCGCCUCUCUCUUCGGCCGUGUCAUCCCCGGCUACAUCGCCGAUCGCGUCGGCCCAUUCAACAUCAUCACCGUGUCCAUGCUCGGCUCGGCGAUUGUGUGCUUCUGCUGGACGGCGGUGACGAAUACGGCUGGUAUUGUGGUCUUCGCUCUUGCCUACGGCUUCAUCUCGGGCGCCACUCUGAGCUUGCAAUUCGCAUGCGUGGGCGCCGUCGCAUCAAAGGAGACUGUUGGCCAGGCAAUAGGGAUCGUGCAGACUUCCAUCGCCUUAACGGCACUUUUCGGAACCCCCAUCGCCGGCGAACUCGUCGGAGCCGGCGGCUACAUCGCGCUCUCGACCUUCUCUGGCGCGAUCAUGCUGGUCGGUGGUGCUUUUGUGCUUGCUGCGCGCUUUGCGAGGAGCAAGAAGUUGAUGGAGAAGGUGUAAGAGAUGGCUUGCUUCGUCUCAUGACCUUUACCGAGACUCAAUGGCUCGGAGGGAUGCAAUGAUGAGCGUUUGGCGCGGGAACGACACCACUUCGUUUUUUGUUCGUGCCGAUCAGCGUUACGACUGCUGAUUGAUAUACCCAGUGAUGUUAGAACAGCGAUGUCAAGAUAGAGAUAGAUAGAUGUACGAAUAAUAUGCAUGGCAUGACUU